UUGGGUUCAGUUUUUCUGAGACUUUUUAUUUAUUUUUAUUGUAUUUUAUUUUUUUGCAUUAAUCUUGUGUUUUGCAGAUUUUUUUCUAAAAUGGAUUUAAAACCAAAUCAUACAAUUUAUAUAAAUAAUCUCAAUGAAAAAACAAAAAAAGAGGAACUAAAAAAAGCAUUAUAUGCAAUUUUCUCACAGUUUGGGCAAAUAAUCGAUAUUUUGGCAUUUAAAACUUUAAAAAUGCGUGGUCAGGCGCAUGUUAUAUUCAAGGAGAUCAGUUCAGCAACAAAUGCUCUUCGUGCUAUGCAAGGAUUUCCUUUUUAUGAUAAACCAAUGAGAAUCCAGUUCGCUAGAGAAGAUUCUGAUGUAAUAGCAAAGGCUAAAGGAACAUUCGUUGAAAGGCCCAAAAAACAUUCAGGAAGUCGGGUCGGUGAAAAAAAGAAAAAAGUUGGUCAAACAAGAGAUACUAAAAAAGCCCGUGCGGACAAAAAUGGAAAUACAGGUAAUGGUAUUGCGGAGAAAGCAAAUCCUCCGAACAAAAUUCUUUUUUGUACAAAUUUGCCUGAGGAAACUACGGAUCAAAUGUUAUCACUUCUUUUUAAUCCAUUCCCCGGCUUAAAGGAUAUCCGACGUAUUCCGAAUCGACCCGAUAUUGCUUUUGUUGAAUUUGAUACUGAAGGACAUGCAACAGCAGCACGUGAUGCUUUAAAUAAUUUCAAAAUUACGCCAACUCACAAAAUUAUACCAGAUUGUAGAGAAGCAACAGAUUGUUGGAAAUGCAAAAAGAUUGUGAGCUGUUUAAAGGAAAACUUUUUUUGUCCAAUGUGUUCAACUAUCCAACCAAUUGAAGGUGAUAAUUAUUUUAAACAACUUGGUAUUCAACCAUCGUUCAAUAUUGAUAUUAAUAUUCUUAAGCGUAAUUUUUUGAAAUUACAAGCAAAAGUUCAUCCAGACAAAUUUGUUCAGUGUUCGCCGGAAGAAAAAGAUAUAUCUGAGAUUUGUUCUCGAUAUCUUAAUGAUGCUUAUCAAACACUUACCCAACCCAUUCGAAGGGCUAAAUAUUUGUUGCAAUUAAAGGGACAAACAACUUCAGGUUUUUUUUGGACAUUACGAUUUUGCAUUUCUACAUGUUAUCUUUUAUUCAUUAUAGAACAAACAACAAAAGAUGGGUCGUUUUUGGUUGAAAUGAUGGAACAAAACGAAUUGGCUGAUGGACUUCAAAGUGAAAAUGAUAUAUUAAAAAUGUUAUCGGAUGUUAAUGAAAAAAUUGAUGUUUUAUCCUCGCUGUUUCAACAAUAUUUUGAAUCAGAAGAUUAUAUUCGUGCAAAAAAUAUCCUUUUAAAAAUGACGUUUUAUUACCGGUUAAAGACUAAUUUAAGUCAAAAAUUAACUCUUGUCUAA